AUGUCCCCACACAGCAUCCAACAGUGUCCCAUACAGUGUCCAUCAGUGUCCCACACAGUCUCCAACAGUGUCCCCACACAGUUCCAACAGUGUCCCACACAGUCUCCAACAGUGUCCCACACAGUUCCAACAGCAGUCCCACACGGCUCCCCAACAGUGUAUGAAAUCCAACAGUGUCCCACACAGCAUACACCAGUGUCCUACACAGUUCCAACAGUGUCCCAAGCACAGUCUCCAACAGUAAGUCCUACACAGUCUCCAACAGUCCCACACAGUCUCCAACAGUGUCCUACACAGUCUCCAACAGUGUCCUGCGACACAGUAUCCAACAGUGUCCUAUACAAUGUCCAACAGUGUCCUACACAGUCUCCAACAGUGUCCUAUACAGUGUCCAACAGUGCCCUACUCAGUGUCCUACCAAAUAUCCAACAGUGUCAUACACAGUGUCCAACCGUCUCCUACACAGUGUCAUAUACAUGUAGAAAAGAGUGUCCAACAGUGUCCUACACAGUCUCCACAGGUCCUACACAGCUCCCCAAUAGUGUCCCACACAGUCCCCAACAGUGUCCUACACAGUCUCCAAACAGUGUCCUGCCACUGUCUCCAACAGGUCCUACACAGUCUCCAACAGUGUCCCACACACAGUUCCAACAGUGUCCUGCACAGUCUCCAACAGUGUCCCACACAGUCUCCAACAGUGCAGAAAGAGUGUCCAACAGUUGUAGAAAGAGUGUCCAACAGUGUCCUACACAGCAUCUAACAGUGUCUUUACACAGCAUGGCCAUCUUCAAAGUGUCCCACACCCUGUCUCCAAGUAGUGUCCCCCACACAGUGUCCACAGUGUCCCACACAGUGUUCAAACAGUGUCCUUCUCCAAUAGUGUCCCACAUUGGCUCCAACAACAGUGUCCUGUAUGACAGCAUACACCAGUGCGUCCUACACAGCUCCCAGCAGUGUCCCCACACAGUGUCCAACAGUGUCCCACACAGUGUUCAACAGCAAGUCCCACAGGACAGUGUUCAACAGUGUCCUGUGCUAUGUCCCACACACGGUUCCAACAGUGUCCCACACGGCUAUUCCAACAGUGUCCUGCCACAGUCUCCAACAUUAGUGCCCUACACAGUCUCCAACAGUGUCCCACACAACUCCAACAGGUCUCUCUCAGGUCUCCUGUGUCUCUAUGCCACUGUCUCUGUCUCAUCCCCGGUCCCAGGUCCCCACUCCAGGUCCCAGGUCCCCACCCCACCAUCCCAGGUCCCGUCCAUCCCCCAGUCCCUGUCCUCCAACCCCACAUCCCAGGUCCCCCAGGUCCCCAGGUCCCUGUCCCCAUCCCUGCUCCAGGUCCUGUCCUCCCAGGUCCCCAGCAGUGUCCCCAGGUCUCCCCAGUGUCCUGUCCUCCCAGGUGUCCUGUCUCCCAGGUUCCAGGUCUCCCCAGUGUCUCAGGUCCUGCCUGUCCUCCCUGGUCUCUGCGUGGUCUCCGGUCCCCUGUCCCAGGUCCUGUCCCCAUUCCAGGUCCCUGUCCCAGGUCCCGUCCCAGCCCCAGGUCCCAGGUCCCAGGUCCCAGUGUCCCUGUGUCCCAUCCCCAGGUCCAGGUCCCCAGGUCCCCCCAGGUCCCACAGGUCCCAGGUCUCCCCCCAGUCCCAGGUCCUCCCAGGCUCCCAGGUCCUCCUGUCCUCCAGUCCCCCUCCUGUCCCCCAGGUCCCUCCAGGUCCCAGGUCCCAGUGUCCCAGGUCUCCCCAGGUCUCCUCCCAGGUCUCCCCAGUGUCUCUGUCCUGUUUCUCCCAGGUCUCUGCAUCUCAGGUCCUGUCCUGUCUCUGUCCUGACCGUCUCUCAGCCCCAGGUGUCCCAGGUGUCCCAGGUCCUCUGUCUCCUCUGUCCAUGUGUCCCAGUCUUUCCAGGUCUCAGGUCUCUGCAUCCUCUCAGGUCUCAGGUCUCAGGUCUCUCAGGUCUCUGUCUCCCAGGUCUCUGUGUCCCAGGUCUCUGUCUCCAGGUCUCUGUGUCUCUCAGGUCCCCAGGUCCCCCAUCCCCGUCUCAGGUCCCCCAGAUCCAGACCCUGUCCCCAGUCUCUGUCCUCAGGUCUCCCAGGUCCUGUGUCCCCAGUCUCAGGUCUCUGCAUCUCUGUCUGUCCUCCAGGCCCCCUGUCCUGUUCCUCAGGUCUCUGUCCCAGGUCUCAGGUUCUGCACCUCUGUCCUGUCCCAGGUCCCCUGUCCGUCCAUGUCCUGUCCCCCAGGUCCCAGGUCCUCCUCCAUCCCAGGUCUCAGGGCCCUGUCCCUCCAGGCCUCUGUCCCAGGUCCUCCAGGUCCAGUCCCCAGAUCCCGUCCCCAGGUCCUGUCCUCCAGGUCCCAGGUCCUGUCCCAGGUCCAGGUCCCUGUCCCAGGUUUCUCUGUCCCCAUGUUCUGUGUUCAGGUUCUGUGUCUCUGCACCUCUGUCCCCAGGUCUCAGGUCUCUUCAGGUCUCAGUGUCUCAGGUCUCUGCACCUCUGUCUGUCCCUCUGUGUCUCAGGUCUCCUCUGUGUCUCUAUGUCUCUGUGUCUUUGUGUUCCCAGGUCUCUAUGUCUCUGUGUCUCUGUGCCUUGUGUCUCUGUGUCGCUCUGUGUCGUGUUCCAGGUCCCAGGUCCUGUCCCAGGUCCCAGGUCCUGUCCUGCUGUCCCAGGUCCCCCCAGGUCCCAGUCCCCAGGUCCCAGGUCCCCUCCCAGGUCCCAGGUCCCCAGGUCCCAGGCUCCCCAGGUCCCUGUCCUGUCUCCAGGUCCCCGUCCCCCAGGUCCUGCCUGCCUGUCUCCCAGGUCCAUCCUGUCCUUCUCGUGUCCCCAGGUUCUGUCCUCCACAGGUCCUCCCCAGGUCUCAGGUCCCCCAGCCUCCCCAGGUCCCCAGGUCCCCCAGGUCCCAGGUCUCCCCAGGUCUCUCUCAGGUCCUCUCAGGUCUCUAUGUGUCUCUGUCUCUGCUCUCUGUCUCUGUUCUCUGUCUCAUGUGUCUGCCUGUCUCUGUUCUCCCAGGUCUACCUGUCUCUGUGUCUCUGUCUCAGGUCUCUCAGGUUCUUAGGUCUCUGCUCCAGGGUCUCUGUGUCCCAGGUCCUGUCUUUGUUCCAGGUCUCAGGUGUCCCCUCUCAGGUGUCUCAGGUCUCUCAGGCUUCAGGCCCUCCCAGGUCUCUGUGUCCUUGUCCUGUGGCACCUCCAGGUCCCCUGUGUAUCAGGUCCCAGUGUCUCCUCAGGUCCUCCCCAGGUCCCCUGUCCCUGCCUCCUCCCCAGGUCCCCCCAGGUCCCCCUUGUCCCCAGGCAUGUCCCCAGGUCCUCCGUGUCCCAUGUCCUGUCCCCCUGUGUCCCAUGCAUCCCCAGGUCCCAGCCAGGUCCCCAGGUGUCCCAGGUCCCGGUCCUCUCAUUCCCCUGUCCCCAGGCCUCAGAUCCAGGCCAGGUCUCCAGGUCUGAUCCAGAUCUCAUGUCCCCAGCUCAGGUCUCCCAGGUCUCUGUGUCUGUGUGUGUGCAUCCCCAGGUCUCAGGUCAAGGUCGGGGAGAUAAGGCAAGAAACGAAUACAACAGUGAUCACCGGAGCACUCUUGGACUCAGUCAGCAACAGGCCUUCCUGCACCGAGAGCCUAGCUAACCGACUACGAAUAACAGGGAAGUCUGUUUCCAUCUCCAUAGGCAUGAUCCUGAAGGAGACGAAGAGCGUGAAGGCCAAAGAGAUCGAUCUGAAGCCCGAGAAGUUGAGAACAGUUUUUGACUGUGCAGCAACGUAUGAGUCAGUGUCCCUGAACAGCCAAGUGAUGCAAGGGUCAGACCUCAACAACAAAUUGAUGGGAGUCCUUAUUAGCUUCCGACAAGAAAAGUUGGCACUCAUGGCUGAUAUCGAGGCUAUGUUCCACCAGGUACGAGUACUGCCUGAGCAUCGAGACAUCCUGCACUUCCUGUGGUGGACAGACGACCAACUAUCAGUACAACUGCACCACUUCUGCGACGCCUCCCAGCAAGCAUAUGGGGCUGUAUCCUACCUCAGGAUCACAAGUGGAGAUGGAGCCCACUCUACCUCCUUUGUGUGUGGCAGAGCCAAGGUAGCUCCUCUGAAACAGCAAACCAUACCUCGGCUCGAGCUAUGUGCGGCAGUGUUAGCGGCCAAAGCAGACAAACAACUGAGAGAAGAACUAGAGUUGCAGAUCGACAGAUCAGUGUUCUCGACAGACAGCAUGGUCACCCUUCACUACAUAUGA